UGUGGUGGUACAGACGUCUGUCAGUUUUGUGCAUGAUUUUAUUCUUUAUGAGGUGAAUUUUUAUUUUUUACACCUCUUACUGCAUUGUAAACAAGAUGGAACAAAGUAUUUCUGAUUGUCUGAAAGACACAUUUCCAGACUUUGAACAUCUACACUUUGGUGACGACACUGAAACGGCAUACAUUGGUGAUAAACCUGAAACAGGAGCAGCCAUGGAGGACAACAACAAUCAAGAUGAAGACAGUGUCUCUUGGACAGUGUCUCGUGUAGAUUUAGUAAAGACUCAAGGCUUUACAAAUACUGAUGUGGAAGUAGAAACUAGUUCUCGAAACAGUAAGGAUGGCCUUUUAGAUAAACAAAGCAUGAAGACAGGACCUAUUGUCUAUGGAUCAUGGGAUCAUUACGAUUCAGAUGAAGAAAAGACUCAAUCCAAAAACCAGCAAUUAAGCUUGCAUGAAGAGAAACUCAAAGAAGAUGAACUUGAGACACAUGCAGAAACAUCAGACAUUCAUCGAAUGAUAAAAGAACAAGCUCGUGUUCAGAUGGAGGAUGUUGGUUUCCUAGAAAAGGAUCCUGGAAUGGUAAUGACGGAGAAAACAUCACAUCUACUAUCAUUCCAAAUGGUGGAUAAUCUUGAAGAGAAGAGCUCAGCAUCAGAAGAAGAAAUAACGGAUCCUGAGGAUAUUGAGGAACAUGCCUUUCAGCAUGCACAAGUUAACAAAGAACGCAAUAAUUUCAUUGAAGAUGACCCAAUGAUGUCAAUAGACGUCCAGCCCAGGGAUGACAUUAAAGAAUUUACAGAAGAUGAUCCUGUGAGGGUGGAGGAGGGUUUAGCAGAUUACCCCUCUGAUCUGUCUCAAAGUGAAGAUGAGGACUGCCCAGAGGGAGAACCUUCUCACAUGAACAGCGAGCUAGAUGAAAUGCAUCUGCAAGCAGACGAGGAACACUGUUUCUAUCAGCUGGAGAAUCAAGCCAUAACUUCAACUGAUGAUGAUAGUAAAAGGAAAAACAAAUCCAUGAACCCUGCACAUACGGCCACUUACAUCAAGAGUGACCUGGACGUUGAAGAUGUUUGCGAAGAAUACAACAGUAAUGCAGAAAAAGGUAACAGUGGGAUUGAAAACACUGUAGAAAGUGCUGAUUCUGAGAACUUUCCAUCGAUUGCUUUACUGUAUGAGAGCAGUAAAGGUGACACGAAUGAGCAACGUGACUAUGACAGUGAUAUCAGCAGUGAUGAAGACUACAUGAGGAAGAGCAUCGCUUCUCAUGAACAAGAAAACACAUUUGCAAAAGAAGUUGUUGAGUGUGAAGAAGAUGAUAUGGAGGACACAGACAGUCAAAAUGUAGAGAUAUGUGAUGUUGGAGGUUUAUCAGGCGUUCUAGCAUUUCCUGAAGCUGGAAUGUUGGACCCUUCCGCAUACGGUUCACGUGCUUCUGACAAUUCAAACAUUAGUGUGAGCCACUUAGAGUCCAAUUCAGUCAAACCAGACGAAGACAACACAGAACACAACAAUGACUUUUUAAACACUGGAGAAAGUCACAACACAUUGUUCCCAGAGACGUUUUGGAGGUUGGUAGAUGAGGACAGCCUGAAGCUGGAUGAAUAUGACUGGGAUGUUAAUGAAGAAGAGGUGAUCUGUGAUGAAGAGGAGGAUUUUCUGGAAGAGCUAGAGAAUGAGGAGGAAAUGGAGAGGGACUGGGAGAAAGAACGUGAAAGGAUCGAAGCUUUUAACAGAUACUACAAGUCCUUCGAAGGCGAGGAAAUUGUUUGUAGAAGCCACAAAGUUACAUUUCGUUUGGAUCCAGAAUCCACUCGAUAUGAAGAGGAAUGUAGUAGCAGUGAAGACGAACUGAGCACAAACGUCAGUGAGUUGCACGCUGCAGAGCCUGUUUCAGUCGAUCUACAUCAAAGCAACAAAGAACACAACAGCAAACCUUUAGAGGCUUUAGAUGCUGGAGAAAAUAUCCACAAUGUACAACCUGAGACACUCUGGUCCACAACAUUACUGAUGGAUGAGGGCAAUGUGGAGCUUAAUGAAUAUGAUCACGACAUUCAUAGAGAAGACUUGGGUAAACUUAAUUCAAGUGAGGUGUUCUGUGAUGAAAAGAAACAUUUUACGGGGGAGCAAAAAAAUGAUGGGCAGGAAGUAAAAAGAGAGAGGCAUGAACAAGCAAGAACUGAAGUUUUAAACAGAGGCAACAAAGAGCACGAAAACGAGGUGCCAGACCUGAGCCACAAUUUUUUGUUUGUGAAUCAAGAAUCUUCUCAAACUGAAGAUAAUGAAAGCAGUGAACAGGAAUCAAACACAGAAGAUGACAACAGGAAGACUAAGGUAACACCAUCAGAUCAACAGUGUUGGGACCAAAGUGAUUCUGAUGAACCACAAAGUUGUACACAGUUAUUGUCCCCAGGAAGGCAGAAGUUACCAAAGCACUCACAAAAGCUUAACAAGAAUCAAAAGGAACCUAAAAGCAAGUGUCUUGUCCUGCUGAAGUCAGUAUUAGCAGUGAGUCUGGCAACAGCGGUGGGAGUUCUGUCUUACUGGUGGGCCACAGACAGCCUGGACUGGAUCUACUGAAUUUAUAUUUGUUUUG